GCGCCGCUCGGAGCCGAGCUCCGCAGGAGCCGCCCGGGACCCGCCGCGAAAGGACCAACAUGCCAAGUGGAAGGAAAUCUGAAACUGCUCUUUCGACAAGAAAGUAUUGGCUUUCUGCCUCUUUCACAUGUUUUUCUUUUGCAUCAUAAUGGAAGGAGCAGGAUUUUUUGAAUCAUUGAGGCCAAAUUUGGGCAUCACUGGCUGAAGAUAAGAUGAAAGAAGACUUGAAAAUAUGUCAGUACUCUGUGACUAUUAAUUCAGAUGCACUUUUCGCAAAGAGAAGAAUAGCGAUUAAAAGCACUGCAGUUUCAUCAGAAGGAUCUAAUGGAGGAUCUUUGUUGAUUUUCCUUCUUGCCCCUCCAUGAAUCCCAAAAGAGAAAGAUGGAAAGAAUGUGUAUGGAAAUUGAGCUAAAACAAAAACUGACGACAAUAACUUCAGGUUUGGAGUUUGUUUUCCAAGUGCUGUAAAUUCCCUAUUUUAUCAAAUCUAACACACUGUUUUGAAUAAAUUAUAUCUUUUUUUGAUCAGUGGAGUUUUUGUCAAUUCUAAAAGUGGAAUCUAACCUGAUUGAAAGCUUUUUAAAAAAGCAAACCUAUGACUCUGAUUCCUUUUAUCAGAUGAAGUUUUUCAAGUUAUCAAGAGAUAACAUUUCACUCUGUAUCCUGUGCAUUGUUGACCUGUGUUUUAUAUGCAUAUCUUAGAGAUUUUAUUUUUAACCUGAUUUUAGUGUUUAUGUUGUGUUGUGUUUAAGAAAAGUGUGAACAGAUAAGGCACUUGAGAUUUAAGUUUUCAAGAGCCGUGUCAUUUCAAUGUUGUAUCUCAGAUUGCAAGUAAUCUCAGCCUCUGUUAUAAUGCACAGUAUACACUAAAUCUUUUCUCCUAAAAAUAUGCCUUAAGAUAAUAGAUUUUUUUACUAACUGGGUGAAUUUUUUAUAUCUGGACAUUGUGUUUUGCAAGGAAAUGCAUGUCUGGGAAAGAGGAGCUACCUAAUGGAUCAUGGCUCUGAUGUUUGCAGGGCAUACUUUAUUUCUAGCAUUAAUGAUGUUUGAUGUCUUUGCUUUUGAAGAAUCUGUAAGCAAUUACUCUGAUUGGGUGACUUUCAUAGAAAAUGUAGAUCAAUAUGAGAAACAGCAACUUGAAGGCCUUAGAGCUGAGCAGAAGCUGAAAAAAACAGUCCUUCAUCCAAGUUUGUAUUUUGAUGCUCAAGAUGUUCAAGCACUGAGGCAGAAGGCUCACACAAGCCAUUUGCAUCUCUUUAGAGUCAUCAGAAGUGCUGUGACGGUUAUGCUCUCCAACCCUUUAUACUAUCUACCUCCACCCAAGUACGCUGAUUUUGCUGCAAAGUGGAAUGAGAUUUAUGGUAACAAUCUACCACCUCUAGCAUUUUAUUGUCUGCUGUGCCCCGAAGAUAAAGCUGCAUUUGAUUUUGCCAUAGAAUAUAUGGAUAGAAUGGCUGGCUACAAAAACUGGUUGGUUGAGAAUGCACCUGGAGAUGAAGUGCCGCUUGGUCAUUCCCUAACAGGAUUUGCCACUGCUUUUGAUUUCUUGUAUAAUUCACUGGGAAAUGAGAGAAGGCAAAAAUAUCUGGAGAAGAUAUGGUCUGUAAGCGAGGAAAUGUAUGAGUAUUCCAAGGUUCGUUCCUGGGGAAAGCAGCUUCUCCAUAAUCACCAGGCAACUAAUAUGCUCGCUUUGCUUAUUGGGGCUUUGGUUGCAGGAGUGGACAAAGGAUCUCGGGCAAAUAUUUGGAAGCACACUGUUGUUGAUGUGAUGGAGAAAACCAUGUUUCUGCUCAAUCAUAUUGUAGAUGGGUCUCUAGAUGAGGGAGUAGCUUAUGGGAGUUACACCGCCAAGUCAGUAACACAGUAUGUAUUCCUGGCCCAGCGCCACUUUGGUAUUAACAACUUGGAUAACAACUGGCUCAAAAUGCACUUUUGGUUUUACUAUGCCACCCUAUUACCAGGCUUUCAGAGGACUGUGGGAGUAGCGGAUUCUAAUUACAACUGGUUUUAUGGUCCUGAAAGCCAACUGGUUUUCUUGGACAAGUUUAUAAUGAAGAAUGGAGCCGGCAACUGGCUGGCACAGCAGAUUAGAAAACACAGACCCAAGGAUGGGCCAAUGGUGCCAUCCACUGCACAGAGGUGGAGCACAUUACAUACUGAAUUUAUAUGGUAUGCUGCUGAAAUCACUCCUCAGCCUCCUCCUGACUAUGGUACUGCUAAAAUGCAUGUGUUUCCUAACUGGGGAGUUGUUACUUACGGGGCUGGAUUGCCAAACAGUCAGACAAACACCUUUGUGUCCUUUAAGUCUGGAAAACUCGGUGGACGUGCUGUUUAUGAUAUUGUUCACUUUCAGCCCUAUACCUGGAUUGAUGGGUGGAGAAGUUUCAAUCCAGGACAUGAACAUCCUGAUCAGAACUCUUUCACUUUUGCUCCCAAUGGACAGGUGUUUGUAUCUGAGGCUCUUUAUGGACCUAAACUGAGCCACCUAAACAAUGUCUUGGUCUUUGCUCCAUCUCCUACGAGCCAGUGCAACCAACCUUGGGAAGGACAGCUUGGCGAAUGUGCCCAGUGGCUGAAGUGGAUUGGUGAUGAGGUUGGAGACUCAACUGGAGAAAUUAUUACAGCCUCUCAGGCUGGAGACAUGAUGUUUGUGAGUGGUGAGGCGGUAUCUGCUUACACAUCAGCUAUGAAACUGAAAAGUGUGUAUCGUGUUUUGCUGCUCCUAAAUUCUCAGACACUAUUAGUAGUAGACCAUAUUGAGAAGGAGGAAGACUCUCCUGUUAAUUCUGUCAGUGCCUUUUUUCAUAAUCUUGACAUUGAUUUUAAGUACAUACCCUAUAAGUUUAAGAACAAGUACAGUGGAGCUAUGAUGGAUGUGUGGGAUGCCCACUACAAGAUGUUUUGGUUUGAUCAUCGUGGGAGUAGCCCUGUUGCUAGGAUACAGGAGGCUGAACAAGCAGCUGAAUUCAAAAAGCGAUGGACUCAGUUUGUAAAUGUUACCUUUCCAAUGAAAAAUACGCUUACAAGGAUUGUUUACCUUUUCUAUGGCCCAUAUGUCAAUGUUUCUGACUGUAGACUCAUAGAUAAUGCAAAAUCUGGAUUUCAGAUUUCACUCAGUGUCAACCACACUGAAAAUACCAUCUCUGUUGUGACCGAGUAUCAGAAUUUAAAGGCAAGGUUUGAUUACUUGGGAUUUGGUGGUUUUGCCAAAGUAAUCCAUGAAAAUAAAGUGACCAAGUUUGGUCUUGGUACUGAAUCUGUGAAAAAAGAGAUAAAAAAUAGUAGAGUGGUCUUCCCAUUUGGAUUCAAAGUGAACAUAAUUGCAGGGUUAAUUUUGGGUGUCAGUUUGGUCAUAUUGGCUUUUCAGUGGCGGUUUUACAUAUCCUUCGGUAAAAUGUUGCGCUGGAUUCUGAUACUGGUUGUCACACUGUGGCUUAUUGAAUUGGUGGAUGUGUGGAGCAUGUGUACUCAGCCCAUCUGUGCAAAAUGGAGCAGUGACAUGACAAGGCUAGAACAUGACAAAGGCAAUAAAGCCAAACAAUUAGAAGGAAACCCUGUUGUUUUGCCAGACGUUAUCAUUACUUCACUUCCCACUUCUGGUGCAGAAAUUUUAAAACAGCUGUUUUUCAAUACCAGUGACUUUUUAUACAUCAGAAUACCUACACCCUAUCUUGAAAUUCCCGAGACUGAAUUUGAAAUUGAUUCCUUUGUAGAUCCAUGUGAAUGGAAGGUUUCUGAUGUUCAGAAUGGUAAUUUUCGUCUUAUCCAAGGGUGGCUCCAGUCUCUAGUUCGAGAUACAAAGUUGCAUUUACAAAACAUUCAUUUAUAUGAAGCUAGCAGAAGUAAAGUUGCUCAGCAUUCUGCAUUAAGCAAGGACAAAAAGAAAAGAUCCAGAAAGAGAGAAUCCCUGUCAGAGCAAAAAAGCAGGGCAAGAGGGAGUCAAGAAAAAGAUGCUGAAUAUAUCAGGGAAUUGAGAAGACAUCUCAUCUAUUACCCUAAUGCACGGCCUGUGCUUAGUUUAAACAGUGGGAGCUGGACAUUAAAGCUUCCCUUCUUUCAGGAGAUCCUAGGACCAUCGAUGAAAGCUUUAUAUGUAGUGAGGGACCCACGGGCAUGGGUCUAUUCAAUGUUAUACAAAAAUAAGCCAAGCCUUUACUCCUUGAAAAAUGUUCCACAACACUUGGCUGCCAUGUUUAAAGGGGAGAAUGGUAAAGAAAAAUGUAGUUUAAAUGAAGGCUAUGCCUCCGAAUAUGAAUCACUGAGAAAAGAAUUUUCAAAUUCUAAUUCAAAUCCUGUUUCUGUCUUGUCCUAUUUAUGGCUAGCAAACACAGCAGCAGCAAUGAGAAUAAACGGGGACUUGCUCCCAACAAAUUAUCAGCUGAUCAAGUUUGAAGAUAUUGUGAACUUUCCUCAGAAGACAGCUGAAACAAUUUUUGCCUUUCUUGGUGUUCCUCUUUCUCCUGCUAGCUUAAACCAAAUAUUAUUUGCCACCUCCACCAGUCUUUUCUAUCUUCCUUAUGAAGGGGAAAUUUCACCAAGUAGCAUUCAUGCCUGGAAAAAAAACAUGCCCCAUGAAGAGAUUAAACAAAUUGAGGAUAUCUGUUAUUCACUGAUGGACCACUUAGGAUACCCAAAGUUUAUAGAAUAAAUGCUGCUGGUCAGCAGAAAUUUGCACUAAUGAUCUCUGACUCCCAAUUUGUGAAUAAAUACUAUAGAAGUUUGUUUAUUCUUGUAAAAUGUGUACAGUCUGCGACUUUCAGAGAGAUUAUUUUAAGAAAAAAGAAAACUUUUUUUCACUGUUCUUGAAACUGGAGGAUUUUUUGUUUGUUUUAUUUUGAUUUGUUUUUCUUUAAAAAGAAAUUGUAACUACUUUUGCUGCCUUUCAAAAAAAGCUGUGUGAACCUUUGCAGAACUACCAUCUGGGACCACUGUAGCUCAGGGGUUUAGUAAUAGAUCAGAGAGCUUUUCACCUCCAACUCACCAGUCUGAUUCCAGCCCAAGUGGUUAGUUCCUGAUAGUACUUAUCAUUUGAUGAUUGUAUGAUGGCUUAUAUGAAAUUAUACUUGUUAAACUGGUCCUGUUGACCCCCUUGAAUGGGUUUACUGAUGCAUUCUGUCUGUGUCUCACUGGUCACUAUAGUGGUGCAAAAUAAAUAUAAGCUAAGAUUUAGGGUUGUUCAGCAUCCCUUCAGCAGGAGGAAACAGAACGUUUGAAUAAAUCUAGUUCCUUAUUUACAAUCUGAGCAGAGAGGCCUGGGGUUGACAUUGAUGUGGAUAUGAAAUCUCAUUGUAGGAUAUGGUUCCUUCAGCUCAGAGAUGUGGUACUUAAACUGGGUUUUGAAGUAG